AUGAUCGGUGUUCCCCGGGAAAUCCUGCAUUUGGCAAUCCCCCGAUGUUUGAACAUCCGGGUGACUCCUCGUUUCAGGUCCGCGGCGCAGAGUGAUCGGCCUGUCGACGGUCGUCGCGGAGUUUGGAUUGCUGUGCGACGUGACCGGCCGAACGAACGGAGCGUACGCAGGCCAACUGUCGCUGAUCGUGGGCCUGCACUUCUCCGGCGCGCUCGUCCACGUGUACCUGUUCUGUUUCCACGCGCUAACCAAGGCCGUGCCGUGGGACGCCGUCUCGAUGGGCGGCGCGCGGGCGCUCAACAACCUGUGGCGGCUGUCCGUGGUCUCCGGUUCCGCGCACUACGCCUCCAAACAGGUGUGUGUCUCUUGUGCGAAAACGGUCCAUAUGGUAAUUUUAACUGCAGGGCUCUUAAUCGAAUUCAAUAA